AUGGAUGAAGAAGUUCUCCGACAACUUCUAACAUCGCAAGAUGGUCUCGAAUUCUCUCCAACUGCUGAAAUGAUGAUGAUGAAUUCAGCAAUAGCCGGAUCAGUGAACGAAAAUGAUUCCAUCGAUCCUGAAUUAAUUGAAACUAUCCAACAGCAAGUAAUACGUGUUAAUCCACCGGUGACGACUUCGACUGUAGCACGCAUUAACAACAACGACGAUGAUGAUGAUGAUGACGAUUUACUAGAAGAUGAAACCGUACUUGAACGUAUCAUUGCAUUGAAAGAAAUGUUUCCAGAAAGUGUUCAAAAUACAGUUGGAAAAGUAAAUAGUGCAGUUGUCAAUACAACAAAAUUUGCCUACAGCAAAGGUCGUACAGCAGCUUGGUGGAUUACUUCAACAAUGUGUGUCCUCGUUUUUCCAAUUCUCAUCCAAAAAGAAUUGUUACAAGUUGCCGAACAAAUUAGUCGCGAACAACGAUCGAUUCUUCUCGGUCCACAAGCCGCAGCCGGUGCUGUUGGUAGUGGUGCGUUCUAG